GUUUUUCCUAGAGGUUCUUUUCUAAAUUUCCUUCAUUUUAUUUAGGAAAUAAGAUUUGUCAUGAAAUUACAAUUGUUUAUAAAAAAAAUUACCUGCAGCAAAAAGUGUGCUAGUAUCCAUCUGGCACCUAAACAAACAACUAGAAUAAGGGGCAUUUCCGGCGCCCGGCGAGUGCUGUCGGGUUUCUGUGUUGAUUGCUUGUGAAAAUGGCGUCCGAUGGGGAUGGAGCAGCAAAGAAACUCGAUAAGCUGAGAGUUGUUGAUAUUAAAUCAGAACUUAGCAAAAGAGAGCUCGAUGUUAAAGGCGUCAAGUCUGUGCUUGUUGAGCGGCUGAGGAAGGCUCUUGAAGAUGAAGGGGUUAAUCCAGAUGAAUAUACAUUCAACACUGAUGAGAAGACCCCCAGAAAAUCAAGAGGUGAAUCUAAAGAUCAAGGGGAAGGUGAUGAUGCAGAUGACAGUGUUAUGGAGUCGAGUCAAGAGGUAGGAGAAGAGUCUGAAGGUGGUGCCGUUAAAGAAGAAAAAAUGGACACAUCUGAGGCAGAAACUACCUCAGCAGCCCCAGAGAAGGUCACAAAAGAUGAGGCUGACAAGAAGGAAGCACCCAAGAAAGCUGAUGAGGGAAACAAGGAGAAUGCAGAGGAAGCCGCUCCUGAGAAACCAGCAAACUCUGAGCAGAAGAAGACUGAUGAAAAGUCUGCUGAAAUAGUAGAUGAACAGCCACCUGAAAAUGUAGAAUCCAAAGCAGAAGUGAAAGAUGCCAAAGAAGAGAAACCAGCAUCAGAGAGCAAGGCUGACAAGCCAGCGGCUUCUGAAAAGGCAGAGCCAGAGAAAAAAGCUGCUGAAAACCCCAAGGAGGAGACAGAUGAGCAGGAAGGAGAUUCACUUAACAUCACCUUGGAUGAAGAUGACCAAAACCUGUUCAAGGAGGAUGACAAUGGCCCAGCAACAGAGAAAGCGGCGCCAGAGCCCGGGUCGCCGCCGCGUCCCGAGUCGGUGCCCGUGGUGCGUCCGUUCACCGUUCAGGACACCAUUCAGCUGGCCACCGUCUCGGCCAGCCGGCGAAAGGCCGAUGACACCUCUAUGAUUGUUAAUGUAGAUGCCCUGAGCGAACGCACCGAUCCCGAACUGGUCGUCAACGGCGCCGCCGGCGACACUGAUCCCCCAGGCGCCAAGUCGGAAGCCAAGUCCGCGAGUGGCUCGUCGGCGACGUCGGCCGCCGCCGGCCGCGGCACCGCCGAGCCGGCCUCCAGCGGUAAGGCAGACGACACGCCCGCCGGCGACUCCGCAGCCGCCGCCAGCGCCGACGCCUCGGCAGCCGGGGAGAAGUCCGAGCAGCCUUCGAGCGACGCCGCCGGGGAGGCAGCAGCCAAGACCGACGGCGACGCCAAGACGACAACGGCAGCCGCCGACGGCGCCGAGGGGAAAAAGGAAGACGGCGACAGCAAGCCGGCCACAGACGCAGAGAAAAAAGCCGCAGAGGAGAAAGAGAAAAACAAGGCUAACCGCAACCUAUGGGUGAGCGGCCUGUCCUCGAUGACUCGCGCCACCGACCUGAAGACGGCCUUCUCCAAGUUCGGCAAGGUGAUCGGCGCCAAGAUCGUGACAAACGCGCGCACACCGGGCGCGCGUUGCUAUGGCUACAUCACCAUGGCAACCACUGAUGACGCCACCAAGUGCAUCGGCAACCUGCACAAGACGGAGCUGCACGGCCGGAUCAUUAACGUCGAGCGGGCUAAGAGCGACAGCAGCGUGCCGGACCGCCGCGCGGACGACCGUCACCGCGACCACCGGCGUACUGACUACCGCCGGCGGGCAGAGGACACCCGCCGGCGCGACGAGCGGCCGCGCCGUGACGCCUCCGCCGACGCCAAGCCGGCCGGAGACGGCGCCGACGCGCCUGCCGCCGAGGGAGAGGCCGCCGCCGGAGAGGGCGGUGACGCCGCGGCGAAGGAGGGCAACGCCCCGGGCCGCGCCAACGACCGUCCCAACGACCGACCGGCCAGCCGGCGCCGCGACAACGACGUAGGCCGCCGGCCGCCGCCGCGCGACCAGCGAGGGGACAACCGACGGCCGCAGCGUGGAGUGCUCACCUUCCAGCAGAUCAAGGAGGAGCGCGAGCGACAGCGGCGCCGAGAGAUUGAGCGCGAGGAGCGCGAGGCGGAGCGCCGUCGGCGGGACGAGAUCGCCCGCGCGCGCGAGCAGGACCGGCGCAACCGCGAGGAGGCCAUGAAGCUGGAGAGGGAGCGUGAGCGUCUCCGGAUCGAGCGCGAGCGUAUCGAGCGUGACAAGGCCGAGCUGCUGCGUCUGGAGCGCGAGCGGCAGCGCGCCGAGCGCGAGAAGCUGGAGCGUGAGCGCGAGGAGCUGCGCCGCGCCGCCAUGCGCAUCCAGGACGCCAAGCGCAACAUCAAGCGGCCCGCCGAGGAGCCGGCCGCCUACCCGGAACGGAAGCGGCCGGCGCCGGCGCCCGCCCCCGUGGCCGCGUCGCGCACCAGCUCUCACUACGACGACCGACGCUACGCCACGUCCCGCGACUCUGGCCGCGCGCCGGCCGGUGGCGCGCGCGAUUAUGGCCGCGCCGAGGACCGCCGCGUGAGCGAGCGAUCAGAGCGGUACGAGGCGGCGCCGCGGCGCGAGUACGACCGGCGCGACUACCGCGAGCCGGCCCGCUCCUCCCGCGACCUGUACGACUCGAAAGGGACGGGCUCGAGCCGUCAGUACGGGGACAGCCGCUCGGGCGGCUCUUGGCACACGGCCAGCUCCUCACACGGUCUGGGAAACGGACAGGCGGCCCCUCAGAGAGAUACUUGGGGGGCCGCUAUGGACCGCAAAACGGACUCAAGCCAGCAGUGGGGCCGCGCCGGCGGUUCUAGCGAGACCGGCUCGCGCUCGACAUCACGGUGGGGCAGCAGCAGCGCUCUGAGCCGCCAGCCGACGGCCAGCAGCCUGUCGGCCGUCGGCGGCUUCAUGAGCAGCUCGCUGAACCCCUCGCUGGGCGUCAGCAGCCUGAUGCAGCCGGCCGUCUUUGGCUCGGCCCCGGACAGAUUCGACGCCUACAAGAUGCACGGCUCGCUGCCACGCCGCUACUGAGACUACCGGCGCGUCCGCAGCGUCCGCGCGACGGGCCGAGUGCUUGCGAGUGCAGAGUGAUUGAUAAUGGAGUGAGAGGAUGUCAGUAAUCAGUGAAUGCGGGGACAGGCAGCCACCGACCGCCAGUCUGCCCGAGUCUGUCAGGAUGGAUGGACGGUGUGCGUGAGCUCUUAUUUAGCUAGGAUCUCGGGGUCGCCGGCGUCAGGAGCAACUGGCCGAAUGGUGGUGCGAGUGUCGAGAGAGUGUUGAAUGCUUCACCAUUAUAGCAGGCAUCACGGGGCGCCUGCGAGGGCCCUGCGGCGGAGCGCGGGCCCAGCGGCCGCCUACCAUAAUCAGUGUGGUUUCACAGGUCGACUUUAGUUAUUACUCUUCUUUGGGAGCGGACGUAGUACAAUGUUCGUCUUGUGAUGUAACGCUUCAAUACAUGUCGCGGAGCUACAA